CAUGCCCUAAAUCGUCGGCAAGAAGAUUUUAUUUUAAUUUUUAAAGUUAUUGGUUUUCAGACUAUAAUUUACACUAUUCUCAACUGUAUUCGGACGAAAAUAGUUGAAAUAUAUAUUAAUCUAAUUGGAAAAUGUGUAGAAGAUUAUCCAAUCAUACUCUGAGAAGAAGGUAAUUGUUCUUGGAAUAGCAAGUUAAUUGUUAACAUGAUAUGCCACAUCUUAUUUGUCUAACCAUCUUGUCUAAAAUGUCUAAUUAAAAGUUAUUGGUCUUAUUUGUUUAUUUUCAAUUAAACAUCUUGUAAAAAAUGUGUAUUUUAACAUUACCAGUCCAUCACUCCUUGUAACCAAUAUCCAUAACACAUCUAGUUCCUGAAACACUAAUAUUUGAAUUGUAUGAAAAAUCAGUGCUGAUCUUUCAAGGUAUUAUUAGAUCAGAACCAUUUUAUACUUUUUGAAUUUCCUGUGCUGAAGAUUUGGGUUGGGUUUUAAGAAUGCUCAAGUCUUAAGAAUUUACUUUUUCUCAUUCCAUUUUUAUUAGUGAUUAGCUUAAAAUAAAUUCUGAAACCUAUGCUAUGAUGAAGAAACUUAUCCCAGAAAAAUAGUUCAAUGAACAUUUGAAAAUUUAUAAACAUAAAAACAUAAUGUGUUUAGAUUAAUAGUAGUAAGCUUGAAAUAGAAGUUUAGUAGGUAAUACUUUGUCAUCAGUGCUCAUAGACGACUAUGUAGUGGACAAAACAAAAAUCUAUCUUUUCUUUAUCAAGAGCUCAGAUUUACACUAAGCGAUUUCCAUCCCCAAGCAUUAUUUGGGCAUAUCAUCAAUAGAACUCCAAUACAUUUGGUCAUCUCUACAAAGUUAAGUUGGGAAUAGUUUGAAAUAAAAAUCCAAGUUUAUUGUUAGAAACCACAACCUGAAUACUUUCAAAAUAUUAAAUAGAUUUCUUCUGAUUAUAUGUGAUAUUUUCAAAAUUAUAUGUUUUAAAAAAGUAUUCGGGUUUAGUUUUCUAUUCGUAAAAUUUGAACAAAAUCUGAACCAUUAAAAGGUUUAACAAAUAUUUCUCCCAUUGCCUUAGGUGUUAAUUUAAGUAUUUUAUGUUUUCUAAAUUUAAAUAUCAUACAUACAUUUCUAUUACAAAAAAAUCAAAUUUCCUAAACCUCUUCUAAGGUAUAUACUAUAUGUCUAACAUUAGAAUUUAAUGUUAACAGGAGAAAGGUAACGAUUGCGACAUGACUCGAGAGGAGAGGACGUUUCAUGACUGAAGCCAUAGUGGCCCACUGCACGUGCAAACCAAAUUUGGAUGCUUCUGUUUGGAGUCGAGCGUCGUCUUCGAUGGUUCAAAUCUAAAAGUUAACAAAACACAAUUGCCUUAGGUGUUAAUUUAAGUAUUUUAUGUUUUCUAAAUUCAAAUAUCAUACAUACAUUUCUAUUACAAAAAAAAAACAAAUUUCCUAAACCUCUUCUAAGGUAUGUAUAUUAAAAUUUAGAAUCGUUUUUGAAAUUACAAAAUAAAUUCUAAGCGGAAAUCUUAUAUAUUAAAAUUAUCAAUUUUGAACAGUUUAAUGUUUCAACCCAUUAUCUUAAGCAUUCAUUUAGAUAUCCUAUAUUUUCUGAAUUUAAAGACCUUACUGAUAUUUGUGCAAACAAAUAAGAUUUCUUAGACAAUUAUCUUCUGCACGAUUAAAUGAAUAUAUAUGUAACAUUAAAUAUUGUUCCAUGAAUGUCCACAAACAUUAUAAAUAUCAUGGUGAAUUAUGAAAAAAAUCAUGGAUGAAAACAAAAAUUAUGUAACAUUAAAUUUUGUGCAGCGAGUAUCAACAAUAAUUUUGACUAUAUACUAAAGGAUUCAAUUUUACAAAAAAAAAUCAUUUUAAAAAAUAACAUAUUUUACAUUUUAAAUGCAUUAAUCAAGUGUGGCAAGCUGAACUUGGUUGACUUGUCAGGAUCAGAGGCGGGUAAGAGGCGUUCUCACUGUUUUUGAGUUGUACCAAUUUAUUUAACUACAAUUAACUAAAAUCCACUUCUUUUUUUGGUCAAACCAUGCAACAUUUAUAUAUAGAAUGUAUGCAUUUCUCCCACUAUGCUAACCUAGCCGCACCACUUUUGUCAAAGGUGAUUAGAUGGUUUUGUUGUUGUACUUGUCUUCCUUCCUCUCUUUCCUCUUGAACUCAUUCUUCUUUUCUUUCGUUCCUCUUUUCUUUUUCUUCGUCUUGCAUAAUUAUAAUAUGUUAGUGCAUGGAGGAAGAGACGACUCAGAGCUGCCGCAUCUUACUGUUCUUCACUACCGGAAAGCCAUGCCAUCAAACCGGACUGGAGUUGUCAUACAUCACCGUAGGAGGAGUCGUGCCAUCGGAAGCCAUCAUUGAUGCCCUUGCUAAUGGUAUACAAUGAAGAGAAGUUUUGAUGUUGACCGUUGGAGGCUUGGAGCCUUGGAGGAGCCGUGCCAUCUGAAGCCAUCAUUAAUGCUCUCGUUUUUGAUAUGAUAUACAAUGAAGUCGAGCAGUUUUAAAGUGGAGGAAAGAAGUACACGAACCGGAGCUGUUACUGCCAACCAUCAACAUGCACCACCGGACGUGCAUCUCAUGCCACCGGAGAAGUAACUACGUUACUAUAGCCAAUGGUCGAAUAUCAACGUUAAUGAAGAAACAGAACACAUCAAUGGAGAGAGUCAAAGAAAAUGAUUAGAAGAUGAGAGGAAUAAACCAUGGUUGAUAGUUUACAAAAAAAAGAAACCACUGUUGAUGAGGAAAAAGAAUGAGUGGACCCAAGUGUUUUUAGAUUGGUUGGUUGAAGAAGUAAAAGACAAAAAUUCAUUAAGGGUAUAAGAAUAAAUUCACCUGAAUCAGUUCAUAUAGAUUAAAAUAGGUAGUAAGAGAUUUUUUUUUUGUCUUUUGGUCCAUAUUAGAUUAAGGUCCGAUCAUAGGCGGGUAAGAGGCGUUCUCACUGUAGCCAUAGAUAGAAUAAUUGGAGGGGUGACUGAUGGAGUGCUUUCACUCAGCUAAUUAGAAAUACUCGCUAGAGAGUCUUCUGCUCUGACUCCUCUGCUUGUCUACUACAGUAUUACUCAUAUACUUUCAUUUUUGCUUGUUUUGUACAGGUUUAUGCUUCCCGUGAGAAAAAAAUGGUGUUUAUAUGCCAAAAGAGAGAUAUUAUCAAGAGGAGGAGAGUAAAAGAAAGGAAAUGGCCAAUGGCUGAACAGAUUGAACAGAUGGGUGGUCAGAUAGAAAAUUAGCAAAAUGUUGGGUUCUUCUUCCUCAAUGUCAGAAAUGGCUUUUGAUUAUUUGUACACCGGUCAAGAGCGGGAGUACUCUGAUCUGACUAGCAGGCUUGAUAGCACUGAGAGAAAAACUUGAGCCAAACGAGCAAAAUGCUUGCUUCCACAAACAAACGAGGAAUUGGAGAAAUCUCAAUAUGCCAUGAAGGAGAAAGAUUUCAUCAUUUCAGAGCAGAAAAAAAUCUGAAAAUAUACUUGUUCAACAAGCUUGCAUUUUAAAAUCCAACUUAGAGAAAGCUACUAAAGACAAUGCUUCACUACACCAAAAAAAUUGGAAGAGAGGACUAGCUCAGUGCGGAUAACAGAAAAGUGGUAGACAAUUAUCAAGCAGAGCUCUCUGAACAAAUCUCGAGUCUAUUCAAUAUGGUUGCUUCAUGUCUGUCCCAGCAAAAUGCACACCUUCAGGGUAUUAAUAAACUGUCCCAAUCUCGUUUAGAGGCACACAAUAAGGCCGUUCUCGAAAUGAAAAAGAAGGUUCAAGCGUCAAGGGAUUUAUAUAGUUUUCACUUGGAGGCAGUGCAGAAUAUAGUCCGCUUGCACAAGGCAAACUCGAAUGCUUGUCUUGAGGAGGUCUCAGCAUUGACGACUUCAAGUGCAUGUUCCAUUGAUGAGGGAGAAAUGGCUCUCUUUGCAAGGGAACUGAGACAGAAGUUCCACACGAUGAUGGAGAAAACACAGGAGAUGUUUUCAACAUGAUCAUGAAAAAUCUAAUGAAACUUUUCAACAAAGAUACAUGGAGUGUGAGCCCACAGGGACAACUCCGUUGUAGGAGUGAACCGGAUGUCCCAACCAAAGCCACCAUUGUACAGAGUGUUAUUAUGAUACUGGCAUUAGCCUCAUAUAGAGCCAACCGGAGACUGGGUGAUAACUCAUGCAGGUUUGUAUACACAAAAGAUGCAAGCUGUUCUGUUUCACAAUUUCAGCAACGGCAUCAUGACAAGUAGCCUAAAAGUUGUGCAAGUAAGUUCAAUGCUAAAGAUGUUAACUUGAAACUGUGCGAAGAAUCUUUGCUCACUUUUGGAGUUAUGAUGUGAUGGCCUGCUCUAGUUAAGACAACUUGCUAAAAUAUAACUGGUCAUUAGGCUCGUUAUGUCUCUAGACUCUAGUGUUGUCUCUGUGUGAGUCUGGUUUAAACUGGUUCUUGAUUUAGAUCGAUCUACGGAUACAUGCAUGUCAACUUUAGUUUUUUUUUUUUGCAUGUCAACAUGUCAACUUUCAAAGAUAUUGAUAAUGUUCAUCUAUAGUUAUCAUACGGAUACCUUGUGUUUCAAGUUUUUUUUGUUUAAUCAACUAUUGUAACCUUCAUUUCAUUUACGUUAAAUUAUUAUAAUGUUCAUCUAUAGUUAUUAGUAUAUCUAUUUUAUAAUUAAAAAGUUUCAGUCCUUAAACUUCUAAUCUCUUCAGAUCAAAACAUGAUAGAAUUAUUCUGGUUCAACCUUUUUUUAAAACUAAAAUUGCGGUUCAACUUUCUUCCUCCCAAAGAUUAACAUAUUAGCAUCUUAUGAUAUAUAUAAUAUACAUAUAUAUAUAUAUAUAUAUCAAGGCUGGAAUAUAUAUAUAUAUAUAAUUGUACCCAAGAAACAAAUUCUAUUAUGACAGCAAAUUCUAUUUACAUAUUAUAUCAAGGCUGGAAUAUUUAAUCUAUCUAUAAUAUAUCAUACCCUUUUUUAUAUAAAUAAGAGUUUGAAAUGCAAGCUUGAUACAAAAUAUGUUCACUUGUUCAAGUAAACAAGAGCAGAUCGACAUGCUGCCAUAAUUAACUUCAUUAUUGUAGAAGUUAUAGUAAAAUAUAUCAAUUCACGUGAGCAACGGGUCGUCACAUAAAUCAUGGAAAUAUAAUCCAAUAAUAUUGGUGAACUAAUAUAUUUAUCAAACUUUGGAUAACUACACCUAAGAGAUCUCCUAGAAAGAAGGAGUAAAGCUGUCGACCAAAUAAAUUCAACUUCAAUUUGGAUAAGAAAAGUUAAAACUUAAAAUCAACCUGAUGUAUAUCUUUCUAAUUAUAGUUUAUAGUAAAAAUUCACUAAACUAACAUUAUCCCAAAAGUUAUCUUCCUCCUCAUCCUUAGCCUAUAUAAACACCACAACAACUAUAUUUUCAGUUAUCCAUUUCUGGAUACUCAACUUCUACACACAAAACUAUCAAACAUCACUUAAAUCCUGAGUUUUUGGAUCAAAUGGGUGUCUCAAGUAUUAUUUCUGUGAUGUUAUUGCUUGUACUAAUCAAUUUAGGCAAUAAUAUCAAAGGAAUUGAGGCUUUUCAUCAAGUUUAUGAAAAAUUGCAGUCUCAGUCAGUUGAGUCAGUGAAUCAUCUUCACAGAUCCGCUUUUCACUUUCAACCUCCAAAGCAUUGGAUUAACGAUCCAAAUGGUCCAUUGUACUACAAAGGUUUCUACCAUCUCUUCUACCAAUAUAACACCAAAGGUGCAGUUUGGGGUAAUAUUGUGUGGGCGCAUUCGGUUUCAAAAGACUUGGUGAAUUGGGAGGCUCUUGAACAUGCCAUCUAUCCCUCCAAAUGGUUCGACAUCAAAGGUACAUGGUCCGGUUCAAUAACACUCGUACCGGGAAAAGGACCGGUUAUCCUCUAUACCGGCAUUAACCAAAACGAAACUCAAAUCCAAAACUACGCAAUACCGAAGGAUCCCUCGGACCCAUACCUAAGAAAAUGGAUUAAACCAGAUGAUAAUCCGAUUGCAGUGCCAGAUUAUACCAUGAAUGGUUCAGACUUUCGUGACCCAACCACGGCCUGGUUCUCCAAAGAUGGACAUUGGAGAACCGUCGUGGGGUCAAGAAGAAAGCAUAGAGGAAUCGGAUAUAUCUACAGAAGCAAAGAUUUUAAGCAUUGGGUCAAAGCUAAGCACCCUAUCCACUCCAAAGAAUCCACCGGUAUGUGGGAAUGUCCUGACUUCUUCCCGGUUUCCACAACCGAUUUUGAGAACGGUUUGGACUUAGAUUACGCCGGUCCAAACGCUAAGCACGUGUUGAAAGUUAGCUUGGACAUGACACGGUACGAGUAUUACACGCUUGGCAAAUACUAUCCUAACAAGGACCGUUAUGUACCAAACGGUGAAUCGCCAGAUGGCUGGGACGGUUUAAGAUUUGAUUACGGUAACUUCUAUGCCUCCAAGACAUUCUUUGACUACAAAAAGAACAGAAGAAUCUUGUGGGGUUGGGCUAAUGAAUCUGACACCGUUGAAGAUGAUAUAUCCAAGGGCUGGGCUGGUCUUCAGGUAAUUCCAAGAACGGUGCUUCUUGACUCAACAAACAAGAAGCAAUUAGUGUUUUGGCCUAUUGAAGAAAUAGAGUCAUUAAGAAGUAGUUAUGUCCGAAUGAACAACAAAGACAUCAAGAUGGGUCAACGCUUAGAAGUAAAAGGAAUCACUCCUGCUCAGGCCGACGUGGAGGUGACAUUCAACGUUGGAAGUCUAGAGAAAGCUGAGCCAUUCGACCGGAGCUACACAUACAAACCGUUAGAUUUGUGUAGAGUGAAAGGCUCGAACGUGACAGGUGGUGUAGGACCUUUUGGUCUGAUCACAUUCGCCACUCCUGAUUUAGAAGAGUACACUCCUGUCUUCUUUAGAGUCUUCAAAGACACUUCCACAAAUAAGCCGAAGGUUCUCAUGUGCUCCGAUGCUAGACCUUCGUCCUUAAAGCAAGACAGGGGUCCACUCAAACAAGAUAGGAUGUAUAAGCCACCAUUUGCUGGUUUUGUGGAUGUUGAUCUAGCUGAUGGAAGGAUCUCUCUAAGGAGUUUGAUUGACCAUUCGGUAGUAGAGAGCUUUGGAGCGUUAGGGAAGACAGUGAUAACGUCAAGAGUGUAUCCGAUAAAAGCAGUGAAAGAGAAUGCACAUUUGUAUGUGUUUAAUAAUGGAACACAAACUGUGAACGUAGAGAGUCUUGAUGCUUGGAGCAUGGAGAGGCCUUUGGAGAUGAAUAAUGGAGCUACUUAAUUAUAGAUCCUUUAGCGUUGGUUAAAAUAGAGAAAAUUUGGAGCUUUCUGUUUAGCAAUUUGAUUAGAGAAGUCUAUGCUUUAUAUAUGGACGUCUUGUACCUUUCUACUAAUCACUCAAUAAAAAUAAUUUUAGAAUGCAAA